CCCUUCAUUUUUCAUUCAAAGAUCGACUUUCAUUGAUUAUUCCUCAAUCUCUCAGCUCCAUUGUAUAGCUAGUAAUGGAAGAAAUUCAAGUUCCACCCUAUUUUCUUUGCCCCAUCUCUCUAGAGAUCAUGAAGGACCCUGUGACGAUCUCCACCGGCAUAACCUACGACCGUGAGAGCAUCGAGAAAUGGGUCUUUUCCGGCAAGAAUACUACAUGUCCGGUGACCAAGCAAGCCAUUUCCGGCACCGAUGAUGAGCUGUUGACCCCAAACGUCACUCUCCGGCGAGUCAUCCAGUCGUGGUGCACUCUCCACGCCUCCCACGGCGUCGAGCGCUUCCCCACCCCCAAGCCUCCGGUGACGAAGUCCCACAUCCUAAAGCUCCUCCGGCAAGCCAAGUCGGCGCCGGAAACGCAGGCUGAGUGUCUGCAAACCCUAAGGUCCAUCGCGUCGGAAAACGCGGCGAAUAAACGCUGCAUGGAGAACGCCGGCGUGGCGGAAUUCCUCGCCGGAAUCAUCAAAACAUCAAACGCCGACAACAACAAAGAAACAUCCACCGAUGACGCCCUGUACAUUCUCCACAACCUAGGAUUAUCCGAAGACGGUCUGAAAUCCAUCUUAGGACACGACGCGCAGUUCAUCGAGUCCUUAACGCGCGUAAUGCAACGCGGGAGCUACGAGUCCCGAGCCUACGCAGUGAUGCUCCUCAAAUCAACCCUGGAAGCCACCACGAACCCAUUGUUAUUUCACCUCACGACAACCUUAAACCCCUCGUUUUUCCACCAAGUUGUCCAGAUCUUGAGGGACAAUUUCUCCCGCAAGGCCUCCAAAUCCGCGCUGCACCUCCUGGCCAACGUGUGCCAGAGCGGGAGGAACCGGAUCAAGGCGGCCGAGGCCGGGGCGGCCACCGUGCUGAUCGAGCUCCUGCUGGACACGAACGAGAAGCGGUAUUGCGAGUGGGCCCUGAGCGUGCUGGAGCAGCUGUGCCGGUGCGCAGAGGGGCGGGCGGAGCUGCUCCAGCACGCGGCAGGGCUGGCGGUGGUGUCCAGGAAACUCCUGAGGGUUUCUCAAGUGGCGAAUGAGAGAGGUCUGAGGAUAUUGUAUUCCAUAUCCAAGUUCUCUGCUACUCCCAGCGUGGUGCAAGAGAUGUUGCAGCUGGGAGUUGGGGCGAAGCUGUGUUUGGUGAUACAAGUGGAUUGUGGGGUUGGGAAGAACAAGGAGAGAGCUGCUGAGAUCCUCAAAUUGCAUGCUAAGGAAUGGAAGAAUUCUCCUUGUAUACCAUUGGAUUUGAUUCAUGACACCAUUGGUGUCAAUUAGGGCCGAACACUUGUCACAAAAGGCGAAAUUCAAUUCCCUUGUGGCAAGGGUCUUAUACCUCAGCCGGACACGAUAGUGAAGGAUAAAUCGGGAUAACUUAUUAGGUGUUUGGGAUAGAAAGAUUUUACUUAACUGGACAAAUUGAAUAGAUGUACAGGUGAUUAUAUAUUUAUAUCUAUAUAGGAAGGGAUAAUUUGACAAGUGAAAUGCUCCCAGCCCUCUUUAGUAACCCAGCUGCUAAUAUGCAUGUGUAGAAAACAAUGAGAAAUUUUGCAGUAUCUAUGAGUAUAAUUGAUUUCGAGAUUCUUUAUAAAAAAAUUUUAAAAUUUAUGCUACUGAA